UUCAAGACCUGUUUGAUAUUCUGCCUUGCUCAAGAGAAAGAGAGAGAGAUUGAAAGGUCUGCUGGUGGAGGAGGAUUUGGUGAGUUGUGAUGAAGAAUCUGUUGGACUGAAGUGAGAGGGACCCCACACUUCAUGUCCAUCAUCGUCUUCAUCAACCUCUUAUCUUCUCUUCCUUCUUACCACCACCACCAACCCAACACCACAAGAUCCUAUUAUCUUUGCUUCUGGUGUCUUUUCCAUUAGUUUAUACAGAUUUUGAGGGUGCACCUAAUUGUGCUUCAAAUCCCAAUUUAUUCCCAGAUCUUUUUCCCACCUUAUUAUUCUCAAAAAAGAUUUAUCAGUAGACUUCAAAGAUUUUGGGGAUAUGGGUCUUUGUAUGUAGACUUAUCUUUAUCAUUUAUCUUGGGGUUCAAAGUUUUCCUGGUGUCAGGAAAAAUCUAUAUCAGAUCUGAGUGCCCCCACCUUCGUUAGCUUCCUGAAUUCAUCCAAUACUGUCCCCCCUCCCAAUUUACUCUUUGUAUGACACCUGCUGAGCUUGUCUGUACGGUCGGCUUCCUUACUUGGAGGGCCAUUUUUUAAGCGGAAAGAGGAAGAAGAAGCUAAGAGCUUCUUCGGCUUUUUAGAUUGGAUUGGCUAAGCUGACUUUUCACCAAAGUUAUUUCCUUUGAGGUGUCUCUUUAGUUGCCCAUCUUCUGUUCUGAUUAAAUUUUGACAGGGAGGCCCACCGUUGGGUUUGGUGGGCUUUCUUUCAACCACUAAAAACCCAUAUGUGCUGAAAGUGAUAGGGAGAUCCUUCUUUGCUUGUUUAUGUUAAGGUGGUUGAGGAAGAACUGAAACAAAAAUUCAAUUUCCUCAUUAUUGUACCAUUGCUUUUAAAGUCGAUUGGUUCUUCCUUUGGUAUUGCCAUAUUCAUUGAUGAGCAACCCGUUUUUGACCCCAAAUAGUUGUACCCUUUUCUAAUGCUACUUUACUUAUUGAUCACUUGCUUCCUCUUCAUCCUCUUUAUAAAGUCCCUCCCUCUCAAACCGCUCCCACCACCAGGGGCUAAUGAUAUGAAAUUGUCGUUCCUCUGGUUUUGGAAAAUCUUAUCAUUGUUUCACAUAUCUGAAUUGAUAAAGUAUACGCUGUCAAGUUGCUAUCUUUCUCUAGUUCCCUACAAUAUGUCUCUAAUGAAGAAGAAUCCAAGUUCUAAAGUAGAGAAUGUUGAGGAGACCGGAGAGAUGUCGGUGUUGGACUUGCCAGAAUUGGCCUUGGAAUGCAUUCUUGAGAGGCUACCUCCUGCUGCACUUUGUAGCACGGCUGCUGUUUGUAGCUCGUUGAGGGAGAGAUGUAUGAGUGACCACCUUUGGGAGAAGCACAUGAGACAGAAGUGGGAUAGAAUUAUCGGUCCAGCUGCAUACAGGGAGUGGAAAUGGUAUAUUGCUUUGAACAUGGAUUCUAACAGUCUAAAGCAAGGCAAGCGAAGGGGCCUCAUGUGGUUUCUAUCUCUUAGUUGGCCUUUUUCAUGGUUUAGAUGGAGUGUUGACAAUGGUAGCAAGCAAAGAAGUUCUUUGCCGGUUGAUAAAAUCAUGGGUUGGUAUCUUGCCCUUGAGACUGGCAGGUUCUGGUUUCCUGCUCAGGUCUAUAACCGCGAGAAUGGCCAUGUUGGGUUCAUGUUGUCAUGCUAUGAUGCUGAGGUUAGCUAUGAUUGCCGCACUGACACCUUCCAAGCCAGGUAUCCACCUCAUGGAAGAAGAGCUGUUCCUAUUGAGAUUGGUGUGCCAUGGGAAAGGCUAAGAGCACCACCUGUUGACACUGCUCCACACGACCUCCAUAUCUCUGACUGUUUAAAUGAGUUACGCCCUGGAAAUCAUAUUGAGAUUCAGUGGAGAAGAAAUAAAGAGUUCCCUUAUGGUUGGUGGUAUGGUGUAGUAGGUCACUUGGAAUCAUGUGAUAGAAAUGAGAAUCACUGCCGUUGUCAUAAUAGUGACACUGUAGUGCUGGAGUUCAAUCAGUACACCACUGAUUCGCGAUGGAGAUGCACAACCAUCAACAGGAAAGACCACAGGGAAGAGGGAAAUGAGGCAGAUGGAUUUUAUGGAGGAAUCAGAAAGCUUAAGAACAAGGAGGAGAUUUCCACGUGGAAGCAGCUUUGGCCAACUGAAGUCUUGGAGUAGCAUACAUUAUAUCAAAAGGGGCUAGUAGACAUCACCAUCUGCAAACAUAGGCGAAUAUUCUUCUGUAUCAAGCGAAUUCCUGAAUUUUCACUUUGCAAAAGUGGAUUUCAGAAGUUGGAAAAUCUGCUACUUAUUCAGUUGCAUGGAUGUGGAGGCAUGCUCCCUUUCUUACCCCUUUUGCUAUUACAUUUUUUUUCAUGAUAGAUUUCAGGAUGUUCUUGUAAUGCCAAUCAUGAAAAUUUCCUCCCAUUUAGGCCAAAUUGAUGUACAAAAGUACCCCAACAAUAUGCUGUAAUCAGUAGUUAAUCUCUCCUUGUUUUGGUUGAGAUAGCAAUAGAAGAAUGAUAGCUUUGAGAUCA